AUGGCGAAAAGCACGAGACAAGUGGGAGAGGUUAAGUGCCUGGAGAACGUUGAUUCCGCAGCGCCAGCGAAACAGUCCGUGCAAGAGAGAUGGGGCAAGGAAGAAGAGAAACAAGCGCUCCGGCGACUAGAUUGGCAUCUAAUUCCAUUGCUCGGUGGUCUAUACCUUUGCUCGUACAUGGACAGGGGCAACAUCGGCAAUGCAAAAACGGCUGGCAUGGGCAAAGCGUGGGGUAUGACCUCAGCUCAGUACUCGAUGGUCGUCACCGUCUACUACAUUGCUUAUAUAUGUUUUCACUGGCUGAUCCUGGCAUGGAAAGUAGUUCCUCUUCCUCUAUGGGCGGCCUUGAUGGCACUUGGAUGGGGCUCGAUGGAUAUGAUCCAGGCGGCGACGGUGAAUUAUGCAGGCCUGCUUGUGCUGCGCAUUCUGGUCGGUAUUUUCGAGGCGGGAUUUGUUCCUGCAGUUGCUCUCUACCUGAGCUUCUUCUACCAUCGUCGCGAGAUGGGGCUACGUUACGGCUUGUUCAUGUCGUGCGCUCCCUUGGCAAAUGGAAUAGCCUCGGCGAUUGCAUACGGUGUUGUCCAUGCAAGAUCUAGCCUCGAGCACUGGCAGCUUAUAUUUCUCAUUGAGGGAGCACCCACGAUCAUUCUUGCCGCUAUGGCAUACCUCUAUUUGCCCAAUGGCCCGUUCGAAUGUCCAUUUCUCGAUGACCGCCACAACGAAAUUAUUGGGCAACGCGCAGUAAUUGCCCGUGGCAACGACCAUCAGAAGAAUAUCAACUUUAAACAAGCCUUUGCUGCCUUUUCUGACUACAAAAACUACCUUCAGGCAGCAAUUAUCUUCUGCUUGAACACUGCCUUCGGCUCACUCCCGGCCUACCUGCCCACCAUCCUAACAGACAUGGGAUUCUCCCCCACCCGGGCGGAAGGUUUCUCGGCGAUCCCGUACCUUUCAGCGUGUUUCUUCUGUGUGGGAAUCAGCUUUGCGUCCGACUAUUGCCAGACUAGAGGCCUCUUCAUUUCCCUCUUCACCUUGGUCGGAGGCGCCGGAUACGUUAUUCUGGCUUUGGUCUCCACCAACGCCGUCCGAUUCUUCGCUACCUUCCUCGUCUGCGCCGGAGUAUUUCCCGCAGUCUCGCUUACGUUCACAUGGGUAACAGAUAACCAAGGUUCAUCGUCAAAACGAGGCGUUGGGCUAGCGAUUUUUGGCAUGAUUGGACAAUGCGGCCCGCUUCUUGGAGCUCGGAUUUUCCCGUCUAGUGAGGGCCCUAUAUAUUCGCGCGGCAUGUGGAUUUGUGCGGGGGUUCUCUUUGCCGCUGCCACGCUUUCCCUUGUACUGCGACAGCUCUUGGUACUCGAGAAUCGACGGCGAGAUCGGGAGUUUGGAGCGAGUGAUGCGCGCUACGCGCCGCUUGAUAUUGCGGACCAAGGCGAUGAGCAUCCUAUGUAUAGAUUUGUGCUGUGA